AUGGCGUUUCCCCUCCCGCGGGGCAUUACGCCCCCGGAGAUAGCAUUUCUUGCGGAGAUGGAGAUGGUGACUAUAAUUCCUCGUCAACGAUUAGAAGGUCUUGAGCUUCUUGGAGGACCUGUUGAGCCUCUACGACCUCCGCGCCGCGCAUCCCUUCCGCUAUGGCUCGCCCUCCUCCUCAAACGUCAACGGCGCGCAAACAUCCUACCUCCCCCGUGGCUGCACCCAGAACCUCUUUCCUUCAUCCUAGACGUCGAGACACAGCAUCCAGACUACAAGAGCGCCUUUUCACCGCCACCACUGUUACCUGGCCAAUCUCAUCCUAAUGCCCGCGGCCAAACGCCUGCGGCCAGGCCGCGUUACACGCCCGACGGCCAGCGAUACUUUGCCGCACCGCCAUUCUUGCCCCAAAACACUGCCCAGACCGAUGCAUCUGAAGUUGAGCCGCCAUCAUUACCUUACCACUGGCUGGAGGUAGGAAACAUGCUGCUAGAUGCCGCUAGUGAUGACCUUGUGGAACCAGACCAGAUACGAAUACUCUUGAAAGACCUGAGAGAGGCUCGUAAUGCGAAAUUACGAGCGGGCAUAGACGCUCUAGAUGCCGCCUCGACUGGUGGAGGCGGUGUGGCACUUACAGGCGUCGGGGCAAUGGAAUUAGGCGAGGGGAGAGGGUUUAUGGUAGGAGUCGUCGAUAAUCUCAGGAAAAUCGGAGCAUCGAAAGAACAAGCACGCAGAGAACAAAUGGCCGAAGAAAUGGCCAACCGAGGAUAUGACAAUACACAAGAUGACGAUGAUGACAUGGAGUUUUAG